GUGGUAGCGCUCGGGCGCCAUGUUAGGACGGAGGGAAAGGAGGAGGAGGAGGAGAAGCGCUUGAAAGCGGCGGGAGCGGGAGCGCGGGGCGCGGGAGUGCGGGGGUCGGACCCAGGGCCGAGGCAGGCCGCCCCCCCCCACCCGCCGCCCUCCCGCCUCAGCGGAUCAUGCCCAGGACGGCCACGGCCGCGGCGGCGGUUGCGCUUGCGGGGGGGAAGUAGCGACUGUCAGGGCGGUGCCGGCGCGGGAGACGAUGCCGUUUCCAGUUACAACGCAGGGGUCACAACCAACACAGCCACCACAGAAACACUAUGGCAUUACCUCUCCCAUCAGCUUAGCAGCCCCCAAGGAGACCGACUGCGUCCUCACCCAGAGACUCAUCGAGACACUGAAGCCCUUUGGGGUGUUCGAAGAGGAAGAGGAGCUGCAACGCAGGAUUUUGAUUUUGGGGAAGCUGAAUAACCUGGUAAAAGAAUGGAUACGAGAAAUUAGUGAAAGCAAGAAUCUUCCUCAAUCUGUAAUUGAAAAUGUUGGAGGAAAAAUUUUUACAUUUGGAUCUUACAGAUUAGGAGUACAUACAAAAGGUGCCGAUAUUGAUGCUUUGUGUGUUGCACCAAGACAUGUUGAUCGAAGUGACUUUUUCACCUCAUUCUAUGAUAAAUUGAAAUUACAGGAAGAAGUGAAAGAUUUACGAGCUGUUGAAGAGGCGUUUGUACCAGUUAUCAAACUAUGUUUUGAUGGAAUAGAGAUUGAUAUUUUAUUUGCAAGAUUAGCACUGCAGACUAUUCCAGAAGAUUUGGACCUACGAGAUGACAGUCUGCUUAAAAAUUUAGAUAUAAGAUGCAUAAGAAGUCUUAAUGGUUGCAGGGUAACGGAUGAAAUUUUACAUCUAGUACCAAACAUUGACAACUUCAGGUUAACUCUGAGAGCUAUCAAACUGUGGGCCAAACGCCACAACAUCUAUUCCAAUAUAUUAGGUUUCCUCGGUGGUGUUUCCUGGGCUAUGCUAGUAGCAAGAACUUGCCAGCUUUAUCCAAAUGCAAUAGCAUCAACUCUUGUACAUAAAUUUUUCUUGGUAUUUUCUAAAUGGGAAUGGCCAAAUCCAGUGCUAUUGAAACAGCCUGAAGAAUGCAAUCUUAAUUUGCCUGUAUGGGACCCAAGGGUAAACCCCAGUGAUAGGUACCAUCUUAUGCCUAUAAUUACACCAGCAUACCCACAACAGAACUCCACGUACAAUGUGUCCGUUUCAACACGGAUGGUCAUGGUUGAGGAGUUUAAACAAGGUCUUGCUAUCACAGAUGAAAUUUUGCUGAGUAAGGGAGAGUGGUCCAAACUUUUUGAAGCUCCAAACUUCUUUCAGAAGUACAAGCAUUAUAUUGUACUUCUAGCAAGUGCACCAACAGAAAAACAACGCCUGGAAUGGGUGGGAUUGGUGGAAUCAAAAAUCCGAAUCCUGGUUGGCAGCUUGGAGAAGAAUGAAUUUAUUACACUGGCUCAUGUGAAUCCCCAGUCAUUUCCAGCACCCAAAGAAAAUCCUGACAAGGAAGAAUUUUGCACGAUGUGGGUGAUUGGUCUAGUGUUCAAAAAGACAGAAAACUCUGAAAACCUCAGUGUCGACCUUACCUAUGACAUUCAGUCUUUCACAGAUACAGUUCAUAGGCAAGCAAUAAACAGCAAGAUGUUUGAGGUGGAUAUGAAAAUCGCUGCCAUGCAUGUAAAACGAAAGCAACUUCAUCAGCUGCUACCUAGUCAUGUGCUUCAGAAAAAGAAGAAGCACUCGACUGAAGGUGUCCGAUUGACCCCUCUGAAUGACAGCAGCCUUGACUUGUCUAUGGACAGUGACAACAGCAUGUCUGUGCCUUCACCUACUAGUGCUAUGAAGACCAGUCCAUUGAAUAGUUCUGGCAGCUCUCAGGGCAGAAACAGUCCUGCUCCAGCUGUGACAGCAGCUUCCGUGACCAACAUACAGGCUGCUGAGGUUUCCGUGUCGCAAGUCAGUUCCAGUGAAAGCUCAGGGGGUACAUCGAGUGAAAGCAUUCCUCAAACUGCCACACAACCAGCCAUUUCACCACCACCAAAGCCUACGGUCUCCAGAGUGGUUCCGUCAGCACGUCUGGUAAACCCACCACCUAGACCUUCAGGAAAUGCAGCAACAAAAAUACCUAAUCCUGUAGUUGGAGUCAAGAGGACAUCCUCACCUCAUAAAGAAGAAAGUCCUAAAAAAGUCAAAACUGAAGAGGAUGAAACAAGUGAAGAUGCUAACUGUCUUGCUUUGAGUGGACAUGAUAAAACAGAAACAAAGGAACUGCUUGAUACGGAGACGAGUCCAACUCCCUCAGAAACUAUUCAGACAGCGGCUUCUCUGUUGGCCUCACAGAAAACAUCCAGUACAGACCUUUCUGAUAUCCCUGCUCUCCCUGCAAAUCCUAUUCCUGUUAUCAAGAAUUCAAUAAAACUGAGAUUGAAUCGGUAAAAA